CGUGUAUAGUUGAAUAACACGCAUGUGGCUUUUGGUCGCACUUUUUGUCGGAACAAUAGAAGAAAAUAUACUGGAAGCAAAACAGGCCGCGGCCGAGCUUUUUAAUAUUCUGUAAAUUCACAAAAGCGGGUCUUUAUUGUCGGUGUUGAAAACUAAUUGCUUUGUUUUGUAUCUAGCGAUUCAAUGGGAUAUAUUGCGAACAAGUGAUAUUUAAUGAAAUCCCUCAAAAGUGUUAUCGAGAGAAAAUUUUGAUAAAACGUGAAAAAAUUGCGUAUACAGAGGAGCUAACAAAUGCUAAAGGUCUACUUGCGGCAGAAAAAAUCACAAUAUAUACUGAAAUUCAGAAAAGCUUUUAUGUUACUAUAAUUGCAAUAGAAAAUUUCGAUUAACCGUGUGUAAAUUGGGAUUCCGCCACUAAUCUACAUCGCAUCCAUGCCCGUUUCAAUUGUGUGUGAACCAGUGCCGAAUGUUAGCGCAGUUUUGCGGGAAUCACUGGGGAAUGGCUAUUCCAGCAACGGCCGGAGUAUGUGUAAAAGUGGAGGUGUGGGCGACAGCUACAUUAACGACGACGAUGGUUGCUUGCAAACAAAACUGGCGGUUACAGCAAAACGUGUACUUCUAUCGAAAAUAGAAUAUGAGGAGGUAACAAACUACAGCCAAUCUGUAUUAGGCGCACUAAAAUCAAAAUAUGAUAUCCUGAAAGCCAGUACACCUAAUAAAAAUUUAAGCUAUGAUUACCUUUCACUUGGAAAAUGUUCAAGUAAUACAGAGCGGAAUGAUGUUGCUAGCAACCUAGGUCUUUCAAAUAAUGGUUCAAAUGCCAAUGCAUCGACUUCUAAGCGUCACAAUCCAAACGAACUCCCACAGCCAAAGCGAGUACUGUAUCCACGAGAAAAUAUUAUAAUUGGAUGGAAAAAUUCCGUACGCAAAUGGCAAGUCGGUGUUGGUAUGAUGAAUGUUGGAAAUACGUGCUAUUUAAAUUCAACAUUGCAAGCACUAUUUCAUGUGCCCUCCUUGGCAAAUUGGCUAAUGUCCGAAGCAAAACAUCUGGGCGAAUGUGAAUCGCCCGAUAAUUGUAUAAUUUGUGCAAUGGUCAAAACAUUAGAAGCGUCGCAAGGCAAUCAGUCGGCAAUUCGGCCCUAUCUGGUUUACUCAAAACUAAAAUUUAUAUGCAAACAUCUACUUAUGGGCAGGCAAGAGGACGCACAUGAAUUUCUUAGAUAUUUGGUCGAGGCGAUGGAGAAGUCUUACCUCACACGCUUUCGUAACUACAAAGAGUUUGAUCAGUACAGUAAGGAAACAACGCCGCUUAAUCAAAUUCUUGGUGGCUACUUAAAAUCAGCGGUGCGGUGUUUGUCAUGUGGACAUGUAUCAGUAACAUUUCAGCAUUUCCAAGAUUUGCUAUUAGAUAUUAGAAAGGCAGAUACUGUUGAGGAGGCUCUAGAUGGUUAUUUUUCCAGAGAACGGCUUGAAGACAUGGGUUAUAAAUGCGAAUCGUGCAAAAAGAAGGUAUCUGCAACCAAACAGUUCUCAUUAGAACGCGCACCGAUUGUACUAUGCAUACAGCUGAAGCGAUUUUCGGUUAUGGGUACCAAACUUAACAAACAAAUCACAAUCAAACCGCGGAUAGAUUUAUCAAAAUUCAUUUCCCGGAAAGAAAGCGGCGAACAAUUAACCUAUAAAUUAGUUGCAAUGGUAACCCAUUUGGGCGCCUCACAGCAUUGUGGACAUUAUACAGCUAUAGGUUUGACGGAAUCGGGCUCUUAUUACAAUUACGAUGACAGUUACGUUCGCCCUGUUUCUGUGCAAAAUGUUUGCAAUACUAACGCCUAUAUAAUUUUUUACGAAAUUGAAAAGUCUCAACGUUCAUUUAGCAGUAUUGACACGGGCAGCAUAAAUGACUCUGUCAAAGAAAACGCUAUAAAACAAAACGGCUAUGCAAGAGCCGAGAACAUUUUUCCAAGUCAGUUAUGUAGUUCGACUAACUCGCAAUAUAGAUUUGACAGUAAUUUAUUAACGGGAGGUAUUAAAUCAUUACCAUCUCAUUAUGUAAACAAACCGUCCACGAGUAAUGGUUCCAUAUCGAAUAAAGUAAUUUCAAACCGCCAGAUUCAUUACAAGAACCAAACAAUCAGCACACCUCUAAAAUCGAAUACUGCACCAGCCAUAAAAUCACCAUUAUUUGCUGAAAAUAGAAAUAGUGCUCAAGUUUCUUUAGAGCAAAACUCAAGAACUUUGUUUAAAAAUGAUGAAAAUCAAAAGAUCAACCACUCUAGCUUUGGAUUUCGAGAGGCAUCUAAUAAAUUGAACUCGUCUGUUAAUGAAAAUCAAAUCUGUUCAUCUAUUGAAGCAAAAGGUAAUAAGUUUUCAGAGAUUUCAUCGUCGCAUAAAGCAAGUGCAACUCUGCCAAGUAUGCCAACUUUAUCUGAUGUCCAAAAUCACAGUGCUAUUCAACCCGCCAAGUAUGCUUCACUGCCAGUCAGUCCUUUAAAGAGCCUUGUGCCGUAUGAAUCUGAAACAGAUGAAGAAUCGACGACCUCGGAAAUGAAGGACACACUAAUAUGUUCGGAGGAGUUGAAUAAGAAGAAGAAGGAUUUUAAAAGCGCUAUCAAACGUCCCAUGGAAAGUCCUUUAUCAAAUACAAAUAGUGCAAUUGAUAGUGUCGUAAAACCUAAAAAACUCGCUUUUGUCAAUGAUGACGGUUUAAGCUCAAAAACUGAUUCUAUUCAAUUAACCGCUAACAAAAAUGAUUUCAACAACUCACUCACUGCUACUUCUGAGCACUCUAAAAACAAACUUCAAAAGCAUGGAAAUAGCCAAGAAAGAUCCAACACAUAUAAAUCGGACGAAACCAGUGUGAAUGAUUCAAAGAUUAGACAUAAGGUUGAUAUGAUUGAUGAAAUUUUUAAUAAGAAAAAACAUGAUUGUGACAAUGGUGAUAUAGUCUCUUCUGAUGAGUUUAUAAAUAAGCCACCAGAGGAAACAGAAUGUGAAAAUAUUUUAAUUUCAUCUCGCCCACCUUUCAAACGAUCACAUUCUACCCCGCCAUCGCCACCAGUUAUUAAAACAAAGACUGGCUUGUGGCAAGUUACCACUUUGCAGCCGGUGACAGCAUGCAUCAGUCCACCAGAGCAAAAGAUCGUCAAAAAUCCCAAGAACCCUUUUGCCAAGAAACCGAUGGAUUCAUUUAAUAAACGGCAAAAACCAAACAUGGAAGGCAAGUCUGAUAAGGCGCAAUUUAUUGGAAACGGAUACAGAUGCAGCAAUGUAAACGAUAAUUCUAUAUCAGGCUUAAUGAAACAAUCGCAUCGCGGUUAUGGAGUCCCGGUGCUCUCAUGGAAGGGAGAACAGACUAAAUUAUCAAAAGAGGUUGAGACCGAUGCUCAACAACAGCGGCAACACGACUGGCAAGAUGAAGAAGACGCCGAAAUUGAUCGUGGUCGGCAGAAAAAAGUGAAAAAUAAGGAUAUAUCUGCACAAUCAGACAACCGAAUACCGGGAUAUAACCCAUUUCAAGAGGCGGAUAAUCAACGGCGAUGGAGAUCAGGUGGUGCUGCUAACAGACCUUAUAGUGGAUAUGUACGCCAGCAAUUUCAACGCAACAAAUUCAAAUUUCAGCGUUUCAACCCGAAAUUCCAGCGAAUCACUGCAGUUCCGUAUAAGCGAAAUAACCACAGAUUAAAUAACGGUUAUGCUCGACGGAAUUCAUAACAUUGUAAUAAAAUGAUUACUCUUACUAUAAAUAUUAAUAAUUUUUUUGUAUAACUUAAGUGACUGCACGAGUAAAAUAGAUAAAUAACUAACAUAACUGAAAUUAUCCAUUAGCAGAGGCGCAGCAAAACCUAUUUAUUAAGUAAAAAUAACGAACAUUAAAGGCACGCAGUGCAGUGGAUAUAUAAUAUGUAAUGUAAGCGAGAAUGUAUGUAAUAGUGUAAGGAAAAAUUGCAUUACAUAUUUACUUAAAACAUAAAAAUUGUUUUCGGAAUUCUUCAAAUUACUGUUCCACCAUUUCGGAUACCCAUUUAUAAUUUUACUUCAUAUUAAACAAUAGUAAUUUAUGUACAUGAAAUAACAGAAGUUCGCAAGUUUAGCUUGAACUGUGAACAAAAGACUUUAAAUAAACAUACAUAAAUACAUGUAACAUAGAUCAAUAAAAUAAUUUUUUAAGGUUUCAAUUAAAUUAAAACAUCAAUAUUUUAAUAUUGAAUAAAUCUAUAAUAUAGCAUUACUUGCGAGUAGUUUUAUAAUAUAUGUACUACAUGAUCGAUAUCUUGGUGACUGUCAAAUUUCUGCGUGACAAAAGUUCAUAUUUAAACAUCGCUCAUUUACUAAAAGGCUAUCAAAUCUCAAACAGCGGCAGUCAUAAAUAUCGAUUAAAUCAAGGGAAACCUGACGAAUCGCAACGUACCGUGCGGUUGAGACUUCAAACUUAACGCGGUGUUUUUGAAAUGACUCAGUAGCCAGUAGCCCUAGGUAAUACGAGUUUUAGUAUAUGGUUGCCCAUCGGCUAUCAGUUGCCGUACAAAAUAGGGUCAUUAACCGUUACCGGAUAAGUUUGGACCACGUGUACCGAUUUCGACCAAUUUUGUCGGAAAGGUUAAGGGUGGCCCCAUACUGUUGUUGUUGUAGCGGCUACAAUAACCCCGCCCAGAUCGGCUGAUAUCUCAGUU